CGGGGUAUAGCUUCGUGGCCCGCGCGCGCGCUUCUCUCCGGCGCGAGCACCGGCGCGGGCCAUGGUUUCUGUUUCCUUGUCUGCGCUGGCAGUGCGGUUGUUGCGCCCCACGCACGGCUGCCACUCCCGCCUACAGUCCUUCCACCUGGCGGCAGUACGAAAUGAAGCCGUGGUCAUUUCUGGAAGGAAGCUGGCCCAGCAGAUUAAGCAAGAAGUACGGCAGGAGGUGGAAGAGUGGGUGGCCUCGGGCAACAAGCGGCCACACCUCAGUGUCAUUCUGGUUGGCGACAAUCCUGCCAGUCACUCCUAUGUUCUCAACAAAACCAGGGCAGCAGCUGAAGUGGCUGGCUCAUGGAUUGGUCAUUCAUCUCAGCUACGUCAGAAGGGAAGGAAGACACCAGGUGCUCGACCACUGACUGUCACACGAGCAGACGCAGGCACUUCUAAGCCAGCUGCUUCUAGACUGAUGUCAUAUGGAAUCAACAGUGAGACAAUUGUGAAACCAGCCUCAGUGUCAGAGGAAGAGCUGUUGAAUUCAAUCAGGACAUUGAAUGACGAUGAGAAUGUAGAUGGCCUCCUUGUUCAGCUGCCACUCCCAGAGCACAUUGACGAGAGAAAGAUCUGCAAUGCUGUUUCUCCUGACAAGGAUGUUGAUGGCUUUCAUGUCAUCAACGUUGGGCGCAUGUGUUUGGACCAGUAUUCCAUGCUGCCAGCAACUCCAUGGGGCGUGUGGGAGAUACUCAAGCGAACAGGCAUUCCAACCUUAGGGAAGAAUGUGGUAGUGGCUGGCAGGUCCAAAAACGUUGGGAUGCCAAUUGCAAUGCUGCUGCACACGGAUGGGGCACACGAGCGGCCUGGGGGUGAUGCCACAGUCACAAUAUCUCAUCGGCACACUCCCAAAGAACAGCUGAAGAAGCACACGAUCCUUGCGGACAUUGUGAUAUCUGCUGCUGGCAUUCCAAACCUCAUCACAGCUGACAUGAUCAAGGAAGGAGCAACAGUCAUCGACGUGGGGAUAAACAGAGUUCAAGAUCCUGUCACCGCAAAGCCCAAGUUGGUUGGAGAUGUGGAUUUUGAAGGAGUCAAGAAGAAAGCUGGUUACAUCACUCCUGUCCCUGGGGGUGUUGGUCCCAUGACAGUGGCCAUGCUCAUGAAGAACACCAUUAUUGCUGCAAAGAAAGUGCUCAGGCCAGAGGAGCUGGAAGUGUUGAAGUCCACACAGCGCGGAGUUGCCACCAACUAGCCGCGAGCGAGCCAGUCUGGGAGGCAAAGCGGGCCAAGAGGGAUGCAGUGUUCUUAAUUUAUUCUGUUGAAAUGGUUUAAAAUGUUUGUAUUUAUUGAAAGCUUAGACAGGUGGCUGUGUGUGCACACAUGGCUCUGCAGAACCUCACCAGGGUGCCCAUCCGUGUCCUGCCUUUGACCUGGUGAUGCCUGGGAGACGCCUCACACUCAGUGGAUGCUGAACUCCAUCAAAAAGAGAAAAAAAAUCUGCCUUUUUGGGCUCUCAUUUCCCAAGUGCUAUUCCAAUACAAGUUGAUGGCUCAUCUUAGGUGGCAAGCCUCUGAGUUCAACUUUCAAACCAAAGGAAAACUUAGUAGAGAAAAUUAAGGGAAAGCAAGAGACAGCAGACUGUGUCUCAUCGGCACUCCCUUCCUUCCUGUGCAUCUGGGAGAACCCAGGUUGCCCUGAGGACAGCUCAGCUGGCUGGGCUGGUAAACGAAAGCCCACUGUUACUAGCUGUGUCCCCAUGGCGGGUCAUCAGGGAAGGUUGAGUCUCCCCACUCGCUGUUACCCUUCUGUGAGCUUGCCGUGUUUUAAUUUUCUAGAAUCAAAAGGCUCAUUUUAUAAAUGAUGUAUGUAUUAUCAUGUUUGGCUUUUGCAGCACAUUAGAGAGAGUGUGUGUGUGUGUUUUCUUUGGUGUAUGCUUUGAGGCCUUUUUUUUUUUUAAUAAUAAAACUCUGGUACAGUAAUCAGGAGGGCAGCUUGUGCCACCAAAGAACUGUCGACAGCUGCCUGCAUGUCUUUCACGGACCCUGGCUUUCCUGAAAGUUCUCAAGGAGCUUGAGUUAAUGAGUCAGAUUUUCUUAUUAAAGGGUUUUGUUGCUGUUGUUGGGUUUUGUUUUUUUGUUUUGUUUUGUUUUUGCUUUGUUUUUAAAUAAAGCACAUCUGUCUGGUGUGGAA